UGCUUGGUGUGCUUCGAUUGGCGCUAAACGUGCGGCUCCUUCGAACGCAGCAGUUUAGUGAUACGUUGGCAAUCUAACGCGAAGCACAAGUUGUGUUCUCUCUCUGCACUGGUCGUCCAUUCAGCGCCAGCACAAUGUUGUGGCCGAUUGUUGGGAUUGGAAGCAGCUAGUAAUAAUAGUCCAUUAGUCUUUUCCUGUCAUCGCUGCUGCCGGUGGUGUCGACCGAUGUCGUUCGUUGAUGGGCGGUGGUGGCGCGAAGAAGAUACCUCAGAUCCGAGCAAAUUAGUGUCGCGCGCUUCAGAGGCAGAUGCUGUGUGAUACUGGACGCAGCAGCAGCGCCUACUAAUCGAAUCGUGCGUUUUUGGUGUUUGAAGUUGUUCGAUGUUGUUGGUUGCAUCAACGAGCCGGUUAUUGAGCAAUUAAAUUAUAAUAUGCCAAUAAAAGUGGAUCAUCGUUGGAGUGUGUAACGGGCGGCAGACAGAAGCUGUCGGCGGAACUAGUUAAUCUUCGUGCCAUUGGAGGAAGAACGUGCGGUAUUCAUAUGCGUAUUAGAUUGAUGUCUGGGAAGUGGCUUCACGCUGAGUGCCAGUAUUAAUCAUACUCAAUUUGUUACUGCGAAAGGGAGUUAGGGAAAGGAUAAACGUGUCAGUUGUGAUAAGCAAUACUUGAUACUUCUCCUAGUUAUUUAUGAUGGUGGCGUACAUGUAACAGGAAGAUUUUGAUUUCAAAGGAAGUGAAAGCGCGUUAGCCUAGAUACAUAUUUACGCGCCCCAUUCGGCGCAACUAGCUGGAACGAAUUUCAGUCGCGUGUGAUAUAUAGUUAGCAGUCGUGUCGUGGAUGUGGCAAAUUGAAACUUCAAGGAUUACUCUUACAACGAUGAGAAUGACAAGAUGAACUGGACCGUUUUGUUUGGACAGCCGUUCUAAACGCUUGUACAGUCAGUAUUGGAAAGCAUCCUGGAAAUACGGAAACGGCCAGACCCACUGCGCAAACUAAUGGUUCAAAGUAAUUGCUAACAGCAGAACACAUAGUCAUCGCGGAAUGAGUGGUUCACCAUAUGUAAAUACAGUUGCUUACAAAAGUUUUGUGGUUGUGAAAUGAUGGUACGCACAGCGGUAACUCAACAACAUUCAGUAUAGCUAACAAAUAAACAAAAUAAACGAAAAAAAAACGACGAUGACGUUGUAAAACGAAUAAAAUCGAUUGCAGAAUGAUCAGUACAAAUUUAACCAAUGCAAUGAAACCGGCGACAAUGCAACGAGUUAAUGAAAGCUUCUUGUCUGUGAUAAUCAACAGUAGCACCAGUUUGUUAGACUACCCGAGCGCAGCCGUAGAUAGUAGUGCAUCCAUCAACUUCAGCGAAUCGGAAUGGUCCGUGGACAAUUCGUCGCUGUUUUACGGCCCCAAGCGGGAUCCACUGUAUGUGGUCAUACCAAUGACGAUAAUAUAUGUGCUGAUUUUCAUUACCGGAGUCAUCGGUAACAUCAGCACAUGCAUUGUGAUAUCAAAGAAUAAAUCCAUGCACACGGCCACCAACUACUACUUGUUCAGCUUGGCCAUUUCCGACUUUCUGCUGCUAAUAUCCGGCGUACCGCAGGAAAUUUACUUUAUCUGGAGCAAGUACCCUUACAUAUUUGGCGAAUUGUUUUGCGUGGCCAGAGGAAUCGCAGCGGAAACAUCGGCGAAUGCCACUGUGCUCACGAUAACGGCCUUCACCAUCGAGCGCUACGUGGCCAUAUGUCAUCCGUUCCUGUCGCACACAAUGUCGAAACUUUCCCGGGCCAUCCGGUUCAUAUUUGCCAUUUGGCUGGUGGCUAUCGUAUCCGCCGUCCCCCAGGCGCUCCAGUUCGGUGUAACCAAUCAGUCCGGGGUGGAUCAGUGUGUGGUGAAGCGAAUCAUUAUUCAGCACUCUUUCGAGCUUUCGACGUUUCUGUUUUUCUUCGCUCCGAUGACGCUGAUUACGGUGCUGUACGCUCUGAUUGGACUGAAACUGCGGUCUUCCACGCUGAUGCAACGCGACGGAACGCUGCAGAGGCGGAGUAACGCGUGCCCCAAUACCCGCCAGCAGGGAACUAGCCAGGGGACGAGACGGGUCCUCAAGAUGCUCGUUGCAGUAGUUGUUGCAUUCUUCAUCUGCUGGGCGCCAUUCCACGCACAGCGGCUGGUCUACAUCUACGGCGUCGACAAGGACCACCAGCCCAACGAUCCAUUAGUGCUGAAGUUGUUCGUGAUUACCACCUACAUCUCCGGCAUACUGUACUACCUGUCCACCUGCAUCAACCCACUGCUCUACAACAUCAUGAGCAACAAAUUUCGUCAAGCUUUCAAGGAGACGCUGGCCCGAGGCUGUCAAAUUUCGCGUAAAUCGCGUAGUAAAGAGCGAUCAUACCGAAUACUGUCCCGAAGGGAGCGACGUCCAACUUCAAACAAGGAGUCUUCUGAAUUCUCAGGCAAUUCCAUCAAGGAUGACAGUCUAUACUCGACCUCUACUCAAAAACAGUCAAUCAAUUCCGUAGCACUGUCACGAGGCCUGUCUGUGAAGCGUUUCCUCCCGGACCGAUCGGCUGCGGCAUCGGCGGCGGCGGAAUGUGGCAAGGCGGCGGCCAUCCCGAAAAUGUUCACAUCGAAAGUGAUGAUGACAUCGUCGGCCCACUUGAACCUGUACACCCAGGAGCAGGAGCUGUGUCUCAAUAUCUACCCCGCGAAGGAUUCGCUGUCGCGGUCUACUGAAAAUUUGUCCCGCAUUAGCAUACAAUUGAAUCGAUUAUCCUCGGACGAGACGCUAUCGCACAGCCUCCAACGAAGCCACAUAUGUGCCACGCCAAUUUCAUCCUCGUCAACGUCGGCAACGACCCAAGCACCGACGAGCAUCAUCAGACAAGCCACAACUUUUGCGGGGCUUUCGCUCGAUGACAAACUCAACCUCCAGCAACGGGCCAACUCGCGCGCCCAGCUUCCGCGCGAUGUCACCAAUCUGGAUCUAAUCUGCAGCCAGCAGGGAGAAAUAAAAAUAUUUAUUAAACGUAAAAAUCGACACAAGGACAAUCGGUUAAAGCUGUGGCGCUAUCUGCACCGCAUGUCGCCGUUGAAGGGUAAGCAGAGUCGCCAUAAUCAACACCCAACGGCAGUUCACUUCUACAGUCCCGUAAAGUACGCCCAACGAGAAAGUUCCGAAGUCCAGACGAGUUUACCACUUCAGUAAUGUAUUUCUUCUGGUGAAUGUAGAAAUCCCCAGCUUCGUCGCGCUCAACUUCGAUUCCAAGGUAAUACCGCACGUCACAGCUUCUUGAUAGUGCAUACGCCAAAGCAUCGAUCAUCUCUUCGUCUUCACUGGCAACGAUUAGGUCAUCUACGUAUACCAGCACAUAGCAAUGUUGACCAUUCGAAAGCUUCUUGUACAGGCAGGGAUCCGCUUCGCAUCGGUUCAAUCCUUCCUCCACAAGAACUUGAUGCAAUCGGUGAUUCCAUGAACGUGCUGCUUGUUUUAGGCCAUAAAUACUUUUCUUCAAACGGCACACCUUAUCCUCUUGUCCUUUAAGCUAAGUUUCCUGUUGCCAAGUCGCAGGGAUGCCAGGUGAAAUUUUCAAAUGUCUUCACAAGGCACGCUAAAAUGUCUUCAUAUGUCUUCACACCUCGUAUUGUGGCUUUAGUAUAAAAUUAAUGUUAGAAGUCAAAAUUUAUGCCAUGUUCUCACUUAGGUUAAUAUGAAGGAAUAUACCGUGAGGUCAUCCAGCAAUAAUGCAUGCUUCUCUCCAGAAAUUCCAUGGUUUUCCCGAAAAUUCCUAAACAAAUUCCUUGGAUUUAUUUUCACGAGUUCCACAAAAAAAAAAUCCGGGAACUUCUCUAGGAAUUCCUUCGCAAAUUCCUCGGAAAUUCUCCCAGGAAGUCCUCGCGAAUACCUUCAGAAGAUCCCUGGGAAUUCAUCGUGGAGUUUCUCGGGAAUUCCCCCAGAUCAUCCUAGGAAACUCUUCAAAGUGGUCCUCGAGAAUUCCUCCAGGAGUUCUUCGUGAAUUCCUGCAGAAGAUCCUCAGCAAAUCCUCAUGCAGAUCCUCGGCAGUUCCUCCGAAAGAUCCUCAGGAAUUCUGCCAGAAGUUCCUCGAAAAAUUCUUUAGGAGUUCCGCCGGAAUUCUUUCAUAAGUUUCCCGAGAAUUUCUUCAGGAGUUGAGUUUCCCGAGAAUUCUCCCAGGAAUUCUUCUACAAGUUCCUCCAGGAGUUCCUCGGAAAAUUCUACAGGAGUUCCUCGGCAAUUCCUCCAGGACUUCCUCGGGAAUUCCUCCAGGAGUUCUUCGGGGAUUCCUCUAGGAGCUCUUUAGGAAUUCCAUCAGGAGAUCCUCGGGAACUCCUCCAGAGCAUCCUCGAAAAAUCCUUCAGGAGUUUUUCCAUAAUUCAUCCAGGAGGUCCUUGGAGAUCCUCCAGGAAGUCCUCGGCAAUUCUUACAGAAGUUCCUUGAAAAUUUCUGUCAGAGUUCCUCGGGAUUUCUCCGGAAGUUUAUCGGGAAUUCCUCCAGGAAUUCCUUGGCAAUUCUUCCAGGAGUUCCUUGGAAAUUCCCACAGGAGUUUCUCGGGAAUCCCUCUAUAGGACUUGAUCGGGAAUUCCUCUAGGAGGUCGAAUCGAAUUGAGAAUUCUUCCAGGAGUUUCGGGAAUUCCUGCAGGAUUUCCUCCAGAAGAUUCUCGUCAAUUCCUACAGAGUUGCUCGGGAAUUACUCCAGGAGUUCCUCGGAAAUUCCUCUCGGAGUUCCUUGGUAAUUCUUCCAGGAGAUACCCGAGAGCUCCUUCAGAUGAUCAUCGAAAAAUCCUUCAGGAAUUUCUCGGAAAUUCCCUCAGGAAAUCCAUGGAGGAAAUCAACGAGAAUUUCUCCAAAAGAUCCUCAACAAUUCCUCCAGGAGUUCCUUAAAAAUUCAUCCAAGGAUCCUCAGGAAUUCCUUCAAGAGAUCCUCCGAAAUUUCUACAGGAGAUCGGGAAUUCUUGUAGGAGUUCCUCGGGAAUUUCACCAAAAGUUCAUCGACAAUUCCUUCAGGAAUUCCUCAAAAAGUUUCUCGGGAAAACCUCCAGGAGUUCCUUGGGAAUUCCUCUUGGGAUUCCUCGGAAAUAUUUUGAGGAGUUACAUGUUUCUCGGGAAUCCCUCCAAGAAUUCCACGAGCUGUUCUUCAUAAUUUCUCGAGGUUCUCCUCCGGCAGUUCCUUGGGGUUUACUCUUGGUCCCCAGAAAACCUCCUCCAGGAGUUUCCUGGGAAUUCCCGACGAUUUCCUGGAGGUAUUCAUAGGUAUAUCCAGAUGAGUUUCUGAUAAACUCCUAAAACAUUUCCCGAUAAUCUUCUGGAAGAAUUCCCGAGAAAAUGCUAGAGGGAUUCUCAAUGAACUUCUGGAGGAAUUUCCAAGCAGUUCCUAGAGAAAUUCCCGAAAAAAAAACUCCUUUGAAAAUUAUCGAGAAACUCCUGGAGGAAUUUCCGAAACUCCUAGAGGUAUUCUCCUAGAGGCAUACCCGAGAAUCUCUUGAAGAAAUUCCGAGCAACUGAAGGAGUAAUUCCCGAGGAACUCUGGAAGAAUUCCCGAGUAACUCCUAGAGGAA